AUGCCUGCGCGCACCCGAGGCAGCGUCUCGACGACCGAGGUGGUGGAGGCGGAGGAUCUGAGCCCCGAGCUUCGCCGGCUGCAGUUCAGCCAGCCGUUGUCAUGGCGUGUGGGACGCUCGGCCAUCCCCGUGGCUGAUCUGCUCGACCGCCUGCAGACUCUCGCGCAGGAGCUGCGCGAACUGGAGCAGGAGGAGGUCGAGAAGGACUCUCUGAACAAGGUCGCCCAGGAACUCGCCACGGCGCAUCUGUUGGGCCACAAGGAUAAGGGGGUGAGGGCGUGGGCGAUAUGCUGCAUCGUCGAUGUCUUGCGGCUUUGCGCCCCCGACGCGCCCUUUACGGGCAAUCAGCUUAAGGAUAUAUUCACGUGCGUGGUGUCGUCUAUCAUACCUGCUCUCGCAGACCCGUCCAAUGCGUACAAUGCACAACAUAUCUACGUUUUGAACUCGCUCGCCGAGGUGAAGAGCGUCGUGCUCCUUACUGACCUAGACCAUCCGGACUCGUUGAUUAUUCCCUUGUUUUAUGCUUGUUUUGACAUCGUCUCGGGUUCGUCCAAGUCGUCAACUGGGGAGGAGAUCGCCAAGAAUGUCGAAUUCGACAUGACCCGCUUGCUCGUCACCAUCAUCGACGAGACCCCUGUGCUUGCGGCAGAGGUCGUCGAUGUAAUUGUUGCCCAGUUUCUGCGGGUAGAUCCCCGUGCCAUGAACGUGCCGGCAAAGAAGGGCAAAAAGACAGACGCUCCGCCGGACACCAAACAAGACACCUUGCUGCUGAAGGAUUACCCACCGGCCUACAAUAUGGCCAAAGCAAUAUGUCAGGCCUGUCCGGAACGCAUGACGAGCCACAUCAGCCAGUAUUUUAACAAUGUCAUCAUCGAUGCCUCGGGCCCUUCAGCCCACUCCAACGGCUCCAAGCAGUCUCAUCGCAAGCCGAAUCUGGACGAUUCCGAUGAAGAUAGCGAAGACAUCAAAGAGCUUAGUAAAGCUCAUCGUUUGAUCCGGGAGCUCUGGAGGGCCUGUCCCGACGUGCUCCAGAAUGUCGUGCCCCAGCUGGAGGCGGAGCUGUCCGCAGAGUCCGUCUCGCUUCGCCUUUUGGCCACACAGACAAUUGGCGACCUCGCGGCAGGCAUCGGCGUUGCUGGCCCUCCCCCCGCUCCUCCAAUGGACCCUGCCUCAUACCCACCAGUAACUCUGGUUGAAUAUGCGCAGACCAUUCCUCAGCCUAACGUCCUUCUCACACCGCUCUCGCCCAAGCCGUUUUCGCAGGCGCAUGCCUCCGCGUACAACAGCUUCUUAAGCCGCCGGCAGGAUAAGUCCGCAUCGGUCCGAUCGGCUUGGGUGACCGUGGUGGGCCGGAUCCUCUCGACCUCUGCUGGUGGUUCCGGUCUUAGCGAUAGUGAGGAGCAAGGCCUGGUCAAUAGCAUUGCCAACAUGCUCCGUGAUGCAGAUGAAAAGGUCCGCUUGGCAGCAGUGGAUGCUGUCGGUGCCUUUGGCUUAUCUCACGUGGUCCAUGUGCUCGGUGCCAAUGGUGGUGUCUCCAGUCCCGAUUCGGUGCUCUUCAUUCUCGCAGAGCGCGCGAAGGAUCUGAAGCCAUCAGUGCGUGAGCAUGCUAUGAAGACGCUUGGCCGAAUCUGGGCCGUCGCAGCGGGCGAGAUCGAAAAUAAUAACGAGCAGAUGCUUGCGCUCUUCAAAGACGCACCGUCGAGGAUUUUCGAUGCCUAUUACACCAAUGAUCCAGAUAUCCAUGUAUUGAUUGACCGUGUGCUCUUUGAGAUUCUUCUGCCCUUAAACUAUCCUCCUAUCAAGUCCAAGGCUGUCAAGGGGGCUUCGAGUCAGUCUCAGAAAAGCAAAGAUAGCCAGAGCUCGGAGGAUGUCUCGGAGGCGGAUGUCGACAAGAUUCGCGUCCAGCGCAUCCUCACCCUUCUGAAGGGCGUAGAUGAAAAGGCCAAAAAGGUUUUUUUUGCUAUGCAGUCACGCCAGUUACACAUGAGGACGGCAAUGACCCUCUAUCUUAAGGCCUGUGAAGACUACAAUGGCGGAGUCCUUAAGAAAGAUGCCAGUGAUAUCAAGAGCCAGCUUACCCAAGCUGUUGACAGGCUGACCAAGACCUUACCUGACCCUUCUCGCGCCAGUGCAGAUCUAUGGAAGUUCGCUAAAGUGCAUGAUCGUCGGAACUACCAGCUCAUCCGCUUUGCCAUGGCCGCAGUCAGUGACUACCGCACGGUCAUAAAGGCCAUCAAGGAACUCACGAGAAGAGUCCAAAGCUCAAACAACGGUGUUUUGAUGGAGUCUCUUACUCCACUGCUAUUUCGCUCGAGUUCCUUGAUUUUUAACCGGAGUCAUAUCCCUGCCAUCAUUAGUUUGUCCCGGACAGACGAGAAGGGAUUGGGUAACGUGGCACAUGAGAUGCUCAAGGAGAUCUCCUCGCGAAAUGCAGAAGUGUUGGAAGCGCAGGUUCAGGAGAUUUGCAAGGACCUAGAAUCGCAAGCGCCCAAGGCCGCUUCAACCAACCACGCACAGACGGAAGAAAUCCUCAAGGCUUGCUCAGGGUUCGCGAAGAAGUUCCCAGCAAAGCUUCCCAAAGAACGCAAAUUCCUGCAGGCUCUGGCGAAUUACGCGCUUUAUAGCUCAUCGCCCCGGGCUGCCAAACAUGCAGUUUCUAUCCUCAUGGUCAUCGCUGACAAGAAAGCUAUGUAUGCGAAAGACCUGAUCGACAAGUGUGUUAACAACUGGAAAUACGGAUCCAAUGGUUUUCUGACGAGGCUGGCGGCACUCUCGCAGCUUUGUCUCUUGGCUUCACAAGAGGCGAGUGAAGAAAGCGACGCCAUCGUCUCUAUUGCAUUGGAUGAAAUUUUGCUCAAGAACCGCUCCCCUGAAGCAAACUCUGGAUACGCCUGGUCAGAUACUGUGACUGAGGAAACAGCCGCUAAGGAAUGGGCUCUGAAGAUUAUCGUCAACCGCCUUCGGGCCCAGAAAACGUCCGAUGAUCACGAUGGUUUCCGCACACAAGCCAAGCCUGUCUAUGACACUUUGAACAAACUUGUGUCCGACGAAGGAGAGUUGUCGAAGAAGAAGGAUACUCCGGCAACGCAGAAAUCUCAUUUGCGCCUGGUCGCUGCUCGACUGCUUCUCAAGCUGUGCUCAUCCGCUCGCAUUUGCGACCAGUUGUUGGACCCUACGGACUUUAACUCCAUCAGCCUCGUGGCGCAGGAUCCCAUCUUACAGGUGCGGAGCGGAUAUAUUAACUACCUGAAAAGGUUACUUGUCACGGAUUCGUUUUUGAGCGCCAGAUGGUACACGAUUCCCUGCUUGCUUGCGUUCGAGCCGAACGCGAACUUGAAGAACGAUACCCUCACCUGGCUCCGUUCCAGAGCCACCUUUUUCCGCCAGCAGAACCAAACGGCCAAGAAGGGCGAGCAGCAGACGGUUAUGGAAUCGAUCUUCUCUCGGUUGCUGUCCAUCCUCGCCUACCACCCGGACUACCCACCUUCACAGCUGGAUGAGGCGACACAGGUGACGGACCUGGCAGACUUUGCGCGCUACAUCGUGUUCUAUCUGCUCGCUGUGGCAAACGAGCAGAAUCUGUCGCUGAUCUUCCACAUUGCACAGCGCGUGAAGCAAACCCGCGACGGCAUCACCAAGUCCGAGGAGAUCACAACACGGCUUCACACCCUCUCGGACCUGGCGCAGGCCACUAUCCGUCAGUUCGCUGAUAUUUACUCGCAGCAGCACAAAUUCGGGGGCGCGGGCGGCGCCAGCAUCCUCGAAACGUACCCCGGGCGGGCGGGGCUUCCGAGCGCCAUCUUUGCUUCGAUGACGAGCCAUCAAGAAUCAAAGGCGGUUGCGGAGAAGAACUUCCUUCCUGACGAGGUUGAGGACCUGCUGGAGCAGAUUGUACGGGCGGCAAUGAGGCCGCAGCGAGCGGGAUCGCAAAGCCAGGUCAGAAAAAGGAAACCCGAGCCCUACGAUCUGAACGGGGGCAGUGGUGGUAGCGGCGGGCCCUCGAGCGCGACGAAGAAAGCCAGGAAAGACAGUCUGCCCAAGGCAUCGGCCUCAUCGGCAUCAACCUCCGCGCGACGACGGAAGUCGUCUUCUGCCGCCGGCACGCCCAAGGUAGCGAAGAAGAAAAGGAAGACCGAGGACGACUGGUCGUCUGACGGGGGUGUUGCGAACGCGGCGCCCGCUGCUGGUCGUCGACGGAGUAGCCGGGGCAGUAAAGCAGUCAACUAUGCGGACCGGGACAGUGAUGUCGACGACGACGACGACGACGAAGAAGAAGAAGAACAAGAAGAAGCAGAGGGCGAGGAGAAUGGUGACGAAGAUGACCAGGACGACCAAGACGACGGACCUGCUCGAUCCCAGGACCUUGACCUCGGGAGCAGUGAUGACGAGGAACUCUCCGACGCCCCUGAUACCCCGCCGCCGAGUAAGGGCAAGAGACGGCGCUGA